UUGACACUUCUCGCAGCCACCGUACCAUGCUGCGCAUACUGAUGUGCUCGGCGUCUUUCCCGCAAAAUCUGAUGCAGCCACAUUGUCGUCAUAGAAGCUACUCUUGCGUGGUGCUUUGUUACGAAGUCUGAAGAAUGCAAGAACGGCACUGCCUUGCAUACAGUGGCUUUCACACAUCAGCGAUUUGAAAGGUCUCGUGGACUACGGAACAACGGCUAUCAUGGCGGAUAUCCGUCUUGCGCACCUCUUACUCGGCCUGUGUGCGUUAGCAGCAUUUGCCGGAUUUCUUCUCACCCGCUUUGGCUACAUGAUCUCGGAUGACAACUUGCACCUGUUCCGUAACAAGGCCGAGGUCAAAGUACAGGAUUCUGUCACCUUCAACGACGUAACACUCGUCAAGCCCGCUGCAAGCGAGCGAAUGACCCUCGUGUUCGUCAUAUGCGAGAGCCAUUUUGAUCUCGGCAUCGUUGCUGUGAAAUCAGCGGUCGCCUACUCAACGACAAGGCUACACCUAGUCGUCAUCACAGAUAAACAGAACGAGGCAAAGAUGCGAAAUGAGUACUCCUCCUGGCCAGAUAGCGUCAGAAAACGUGUGAGCUGUGAGGUGAAGCUGGAGUGGUUCCCCAAAGAUAAUUACCACACUUGGCGGUCAAUGUUCAGACCUUGCACAACACAGAGGCUUUUCUUACCGAGUAUGCUUCCUAACGAAGAUGCCGUCAUCUACGUUGACACAGACGUGGUAUUUUUGCAUCCGGUCGAAGACUUUUGGAGAAAGUUCUACGCCAUGAACGAGUGGCAGAUGGCCGGCAUGGCACCGGAAACAGAGAACUUUACACAGAACUACUACUUGACAAAAGGACUCCACCCUUUUGUGCAACCAUUUGGGUUGAAUGCUGGUUUGCUGAUGAUGAACCUUACGCGCAUGCGCGCCUUUGGCCUGGAGAGUCGUGUACUGGAGCUCAAGCGGGAGUUCGAGGGCCGCAUUCCGUGGGCUGACCAGGAUUUGCUGAACAUCCUGUUCUAUCGGUACCCGCAAGGGAUAUUCACGUUCACCUGCCGCUGGAACUUCCGCGGGGAGCACUGCCAGGGGAACGGCCUUUGCACUGACGGCCCAGUAGCAGUGGUGCAUGCCUCGCGCAAGAUGAUUCUGGAGAAGCUCGAGCCGGCAUUUGUCGUGCUCCAUCAGGCCAUGCAGAAGUUCAAGCUUGGACAAAGUCUCGUGGAUGGCUUCAUUGUUCCUGUGAGAGAAGACCUACAGAAGGCGCGUCCGACGGGGUGCACCAAAGAGUUAACCAAGCAGCUGCCGCUACUUACGCUGUCUGCAAGUCGUGUCGACAACGUGACUGGCCGAGCUGUGGCGGUGAAUAGAACGUAGCGGUGAAGUGCAUCUCCGUGCGCCUUUAGUGACGCUCACCGGUGGCCAUAUUAACUAUGCCCCGAUAGUCUUGUGACCACUGCUCCGCCAAAUGACCGGAGCAGUCGCUAGUUAAAAGGACGCUAUACUAAGAGCGAAACACCAAUGGAAUCUUCAAACGUAUGCAAACGCUGAAAUUAUCUCGCAAAACUAACCGUUGAAUCGACUUGAGCGAACUGUUUUGCAUUCAAGGGAGGAAGUUGCAUUUUACGGGCAACAAGGCGCAGAAUUUUCAUUUAAGGCAUCUUCAUUUUAAAAGAAAUAGUGAGAAAUCGGUAAGCUUCUAACAUGUAGAAGCACGACGCUUCCACAUCCGCAACUAUCUACUGAGGACAGACGUCGCCGUUUAGUUCUACUCAUCAGUAGUAUAUCACAUAUUGGUCUAGCAUACAUCAAUUUUAUUCAGUGUAGAUGUCUUAGGCGAUGUUUACAAUAUAGAAUAUCUUUUUUUGUUGCUGCGCUACAGAGUGUUAGACUUAAUAGUAUACAUGAUAGAGCGUGUAAGCGCGAUUAAACGGCGACCUAGAAAGAAACAUACACAGAGACAGCGCUACUUUCAACUGAAGAUUUUAUUUUCGCACACAUCGAUAAAUAUACACCGAAGGAGCGGUAACAAACUAGACAACAAAAAAAAACAUUUAGAGGUUCAUGUCCAUGAACCGCACUGUUGUCAAAGGUAUGAUCAAAAACACACACUGCAAUAGUUACAGCAACAAACCGAGUAACCGUAUCUCUUUCUCCAGAUAUGAACACUGUUGGCUUGAUCAAAAGAGGGCAGAAUAAUUCCAGUAUUCAAAAAGGGUGACCGUACGUUGAAUUCUACUUAUAGACGCGUUUGCAUUCGACCCUGUUUCAGCAAAGUUAUUGAACGGCUGGUAAAAAAGCGCCGAACUAUUUACCUGACGAAAUUUAGUACAACUUUUACCUUUCCAAUUGGGCAGCCGUAAGGGCUAUUCAACCGAACUUGCUCUCAUGGCCAUAAGUGAACAAUUAAAGAUGGCAAUUGGCAAAGCCAUGUAUGUUGUAUCAGUGUUAGUUGAUCUAACUAAGGCCUUCAAUGGAAUUAACCACUGCAUUUUGUCUUUUAAACUUGAAUCUAUCUGAAUAACAGGUCGUAGCCACUCUAAGAUUCAUACAAAAUUACUUAAAAGAUAGAACGCAAAUAGUAAGAAUGAAUUAUGUUCUUCCUAAAUCAAUUAUAACAAACUUUGGUGUAUCACAGGGAUACUUAUUUGGCUCACUUUUGUUUUUAAUACAUGUUAACGGCCUACGUAAUUGUCAGCUUUCUCCUUACUGCAUCCUUUAUGCAGCUGAGACAAAUAUCUUUAACUCUGACCGUUGUGUAAGUAGACUACUUUCGGAACCUAAUGCUGGGUUAAGCAACAUGUUAAAUUCGUGCAACAUUAACCAGCUUGAUAUGAACCCGUCUGAAAGUAGAUCUGUUUUAUUCGCGCCCCAGCAACGUUCAUCCGCAUUCAUGGCUCCGCUUUACCUUGGUGAUAAUCCUAUCGCCCUUAGUUCUUACUGCAAUUAUUUGAGUGUAGAACUUGACUGCAAUCUUAAAUUUCAUCAACAGAAAGCCAACAUUAGACAGAAGGCAAACUACGAAAUAAGGACACGUUAAAAGCUCGCUAUGUGUGGAGCCAUGAAACAUUACUCUCUCUAUACUACUCAUUUAUCCAUUCUCAUAUAAACUAUUGCAAUGCAUGCGAGGGCAAUACGUAUGCUACCCACUUGCUAUCCUUACAAGUCUUGCAAAACAGGGUUGUUAGAAUAAUCAGUUUUCAUCCUAAUGAUUGCAAUGCCAAACGGUUACUGCUUAACUAUAGCAUUCUUACUACAGACAAACUCAUUAACUGUAAUCUUGGUACGUCUUUACGAUGUUAACCAGAGGACGCUCUGCGCAACAGUGUGAUACCUAGACAUUUUCUACUGAAUACCAAUCUUACGCAAUUUUCAGUGAACAAUAAUUUUAUUGUUCUCAAGGUACGCUCCAAUUAUGCUAAGCAGAGGGCCCCUUCAUUUUUUCUUCUUUGUUUGUUUCUUCCUGGAACACACUACAUCCUACAAUUAAGGCAUGUAAAUCAUUUGAAUUCUAACUAAAACUGAAAAACCAUAUUUUAGCAGCUGCAAUCACUCAGUUAUUUACGUCUCCUUUUGUUCCCUCUCUGCCUCCAAACGUACACUUUGUUAGCACUUAAGCUACACGAAUAAAAAUCUAGCUGAUCAUGCCUCAUUAUCCAUUUACUUCUAUAAUGGCGUUAUGGUUACUUCCACCUGCAUUGAUAUAAUUGUUUAAUUAGUCGAAUGUAAUAAUAAUGAUAAUAUUUCUAGUAUAUGGCGUAUUUUCAUGUGCUGUAUGAAUUAACAGAUGUGCUUGCAUGUUUGUAGCUGAUGUGUGUUAUUACUGUCGUAAACCAAUGUUAUGUUUACGAUUUUUUUGUUUUUACAUUAAUCGUUGCACUUGUGGUUUAUACUUUUACUUAUGCUCUAUACAGGAGGUCCCAUUACAAUCUUUGACCGCUGGCCCUUCUCCUGUACACUAUUUUUUUUGUGUGUAUCGUGUGUAAUAAAAAUAAAAUCAAAUUCAUUCAAA